CAACCGCCCACAGUUUAAAUAUUAGAUUAAAUUUUUAUCGUGCAAUAUAAAUAAAUGGUCAAGGUUAGGUACAGUACAUACACUUGAGUAUCGCGAGGCGCACAAUAGCCUUGGUUCGUUUGUUGUGCCCAGUAAAUUUGGUACAAAAAUGUCAGGUCCAGGAUACGCAACUCCACUAGACGCAAUGACGAAAGGUCCACGCGAAAAGAUUCUUUACGUGGUAUGCGUUCAACCAAACAGUACGGAAGGCAAGCACGAUCUCUUGGCUACGGUCGACGUAGAUCCGAAGUCACCUACUUACUGCAAGAUCAUCCACAGAACGUACACCCGUUAUCCCAACGAUGAGCUUCAUCACACUGGCUGGAAUGUUUGCUCCAGCUGCCACAAUGUUAAAGGAUGCCAUCACUCCUUGAAACGAGAUAAAUUAAUCAUGCCCAGCCUGACGUCAAAACGCAUUUAUGUUGUGGAUACCGGUAAAAACGAAAGAGCUCCAGAAAUACACAAGGUUAUCGAACCAAGCGAACUAAGCGCUUUGGACCUGUCCUACCCGCACACCACCCACUGUCUGCCUUCCGGCGAAAUCAUGAUUUCGACAAUGGGUGAUAAUCAAGAGAAUGGCAAGGGCGAAUUUGUCCUAAUCGACGCGAAGACGUACAAAGUGAAAGGGACGUGGACCGAUGGGAAAACCGCUAGUUUUGGUUACGAUUACUGGUAUCAGCCUUUCCACGACGUCUUGAUUGCGUCGGAAUGGACUUCACCGAAGGUCUUCAAGCGAGGCUUCUCCUUCGAUGACGUCGCAACUGACGAUAUUUACGGCAAGUCGAUCAACGUUUACUCGUGGAAGACACGGCAACUGAAACAGGUGAUCGAUCUUGGAAGAGACGGCUUUGCACCACUCGAAACGCGCUUCUUGCACAAUCCCAGAGAAAGCCAAGGUUACGUUGGAUGCGCCGUCACCGCUAACGUCUUCAGAUUCUACAAGAAGGACGAUGGGACUUGGGAUACGCAUAAGGUCAUCUCGGUACCGCCGAAGAAGGUUUCCGGCUGGGUCGGGGAGAACAUGCCAGGACUAAUGACCGACAUAAUAAUCUCUCUGGAUGAUAAGUACCUUUACUUCAGCAAUUGGUUGCACGGAGAUGUAAGGCAAUACGAUAUCACUGACCGUAAAAACCCAAAACUAACGGGCCAAGUGUUUCUGGGAGGCUCAAUUUUGAGCGAUUCGAAGAUAACUGUCGUGGAAGACCAAGAAUUGUCCUCUCAACCCGAUCCCGUAUUCAUAAAAGGUAAACGCCUGUAUGGAUCGCCGCAGAUGCUGCAGUUGUCUUUGGAUGGUACACGCCUGUAUGUUACUUCGAGCUUAUUUUCCGCGUGGGAUCGCCAGUUUUACCCCGAUAUGAUCGAAAAGGGGGGAUUUAUGGCAAAAUUAGAUGUCGACGUUAAAAACGGCGGGAUGUCGCUAGACAAGGAUUUCUUGGUAGAGUUUAAUGGCGAGCCGGACGGUCCUCUGUUGCCUCACGAAAUGCGCUACCCUGGUGGAGACGUAACAUCCGAUAUUUGGCUAGUGGACGAGUGUUAAAAGAUGUAUAUUCUGGUGAUUGUUGCUAUGUUACUUGUCGAUGGUUAUGAAUUUGAUUUAUUAAAAUUGUAAAGCAUAACAGAAA